AUUGAAGAAAUGUCCUCACAAAAUUGUAAUGAUAUGUUCUCGGAUCAUCCUCAGGGAUAUUUCUGCAGCUCCAGUGCGGCGUUAAAUAAAGUACUUACCUACUAACUGUUUCGUGAUCGGUUAAAAAUCUUCUAUUUAUUAUAAACCGCAGCUAAUUUGCACUUUUUUGACGAUUUUAAUUUACACUUUUGAAACUAAUUUCCUAGCAAAGUUUUCUAAUCAAAAUUAAAUGUCGUAAAUAAAGUUUAAGGAGAGUUAAGUAUUCAACUUGUUAAUCACACAACUGGGAAGAAUUGAAUAGCUUCAAAGAAAGUGUAUCAAAAAGAACUUUAUGUUCCCUUCUUAAAUAUUUUGAUUAGUUUCUCGUGAGUUACAUUUCCGAAAAUAUCGGAUUUAAAAUGAAAUUCUGUAACAUUUUCAUUUUCGUGUUAUUAUCUUUGACAAAAUCGGUAUUCACUUCAGAAAAUGCAACUUUGGGCAUGGAGACUUUGAUGGAAUAUUCAUGGCGAUUGUCGGAAGCAAGUAACAACUUUGGUUUUAAUCUCCUUUCAAGCAUGGUUACACAGAAGACAAAAAAUAUAGUAUUUUCUCCGAUAUCUAUAUCUACUACAUUGGGAUUGAUAUAUCAUGGAUCAAGAGGAAGCACUGCAAAGGAACUGGAGGAUAUUUUGGGCUAUAAAAGUUGCAACUUAACUAGAGCUGAAGUUUCCACAGCUUUUCGAUACCUUAUAAGUCAUCAUCUGAUAACAGAGAAACCAAUUGCUUACAUCCUGGAUAUGGCAACAGCAUUAUUCGUCAAUAAACUUCUCAAGUUGAAUUCCACUUACAUAAAAGAUGCUGAAGAAAUAUUCCGAGCACCGUUAGAAACAUUUGACUUGACUAGCAGAUCAAAAACGGUGAAUCGAAUUAAUGACUGGGUCCGCAACCAAACAAGGAAUAAGAUAGUUGGCAUCGUAGAAUCUCUGGAUUCAUCAGAAGAUUUGAUUGCCGUGAAUACUCUGUAUUUUAAAUCGAAGUGGAUGACUUAUUUCCCCGAAAAAAAUACCAGAAAACAGACGUUUUAUAACGCGGGGAAAACGCCAAAAGCAGUUCCAAUGAUGGCCCGUGAGGACACGUAUCUACACUAUGAGGACAAUGAAGUAAGCAUUAUCCAUCUUAGCUGCUGGGGCGAAAACAUCAGCAUGGUGAUCCUUUUACCACACCGAAUGGACCGAUUGCCGGAUUUCGAAAAGAGCCUUUCAUCACAGAAAUUGAACAAAUACCUUUAUGAUAUCACGCCGAGGAUGGUUAAACUCAAAUUGCCAAAAUUUAAUAUAUCUUACUCAACCGAUGUGAGCCCUAUUAUUCAUGAAAUGGGUGCAACAGAAAUAUUUCAACCAACUCUUGCGAAUCUGAGCGGUAUUGUUUUGGAUGGUAAUGUUGCUGUUGGAGAAUUGAGACAUAAGGCAAUGAUUGAGGUAAACGAAUCUGGUGUCGAGGCUUCUGGCUUUACGGCAGCCUUUUCUUUCAAGUCAGCGCCAUUUCCUGACGAUUUUCCAACAAAAUUUAUUGCAGAUCACCCAUUUCUGUUUUUGAUAGUGGAUGAGAGGACAAAUCUUGUUUUGCUUAUGGGUCGAGUAUGGAAUUUAUAAAUUUAAGCAUUAUAUAUUUUUAAAGCAUAGAAUAUAUGUUUUUCAGUUAAUGUAUUUUAAUUAAGUAUGUUUAAAACAAUCUCAGUUUUGCUAAUUUGUUCAGCAGUAGUAAUAAAUAUCUAAAUAUUUCGAA